AUGUUUUCAAACGAGAGUGGCUCUUUUGAGUUAACAUUUCUAGGAUGCGCAGGAGGCCCACUAAACGAUCACACACAGAGCUUUUUGUUGAAACAAGCAGGCUGCGAUGCCCCGGGAUACAUAUGCAUUGAUGCAGGAUCUGGAUUAUCCGAAAUAGCAGAUAUGAUAUACAAUACUGGGGAAAGCGGAAGUGGAGUGGUAAAAAGCUUAUAUAGGAACAGAACUGAAGAUGUGUCAACUUUAGUAGCUCCAGGAAUAUCUUGCAAAAGCGGAUUUGGUACUCUUAGCAAGCGGUUCGCCGAAAAAACCGACAAUAGGGGCAGCAAUGUAAUAGAAAGAGCGUACGAAAUAUACGGGGAAAUUACUGAGUAUUUUAUCACACAUCCACAUCUUGACCACUUGGUUGGGCUCAUUCUUAAUUCUCCGGCAAUAUAUGAGAGGCCAGGCUGCUAUAAGAAAAUAUACGGUACGGAACAGACAGUAACAGCAAUCAGAGAAAACUUAUUUAACGACAAAAUAUGGCCUGAUUUCACUGCGGAUAGAGCCAUCAGGUUAAAGUCGUUGGAUUGUUUCAAAGCGAUGAAGCUCAGCACGAUAAAAGAUAUAGAAUGCAUUCCAUUCACGUUGAGGCACGGGUAUUCCGUCAGGAAUACGGAUCCUGUGUUCAGCACAGCAUACCUUUUCCGGGAUUGCACCACGAACGAUCAUAUUCUCAUAUUUGGGGAUACAGAGUCCGAUGAAGUAUCUAAAUCAGACUCAUUGAUGAAAAUAUGGGAACACUUGUCCAAAAACGUUCCUAUCAGGAAUUUAAAGGCGAUAGUUAUAGAGUGUUCUAAUCCGGAGGAAGUGGAGACGGAGAAAUUGUACGGACAUAUGUCGCCACGAUUUAUUAUCUGGGAGUUAUUGCGAUUGGUUCAGUUGUAUGGCGCUGGCGACAGCAUGGACCCCUCGGAGUUCGAAUUGCACGUUAUCUUAACACACAUAAAGGACGGUUUUACGGACGAAGAUCCCCGGACUAAAGUUUUACGACAGUUGAGAAACCUGUACCAAAAAUCGGAGCUAAACAAGUUUAACAUCGAUUUUUCGAUUGCCGUGCCGGGGUUCACGCUAACAUUGUGA